AUGAUGGGCAACGACGACUUUGCCGUCCCCGACUUGCCACCCCUGCAGCCCGUAUCGCGCGCAAAGGGCAGGCUCGGCCUGUUCGCCGACAUGGUCGCGACACAACCCACCGUCUUGCUCUUGGAUUUCUGGAUGAAAUGGCACAAGGCAAGUGGCCAAGUGGCCGCGCCGUUCGUCAUUAGCACCAUGGCCGGCGUGCCCGUGCUCCAAUGUCGGGGAUACAGGGGCGAGCACUGGACCAAAAAGAGAGCGAUUCACGACACGAAAGGGAACCGCCUCUUCCGCCUAUCAGCCAAGACAACAGACGGGUGCAGGUAUACCGGACGCGACGGCGAGGACAAGGAGCUGUUCAGGCUAUACGGCAACAGCACAUCAGCACUCCAGGUCGAGUUUGUCGACAAGUUCUCUCUCCGGCCGGCGAUUCUCCACAUUCAAGGCGGGCACGCGCGCAAAGUCGUCAACAUUACGUGUGACGGGCAAGUGGUGGCGCGCACGCGCCGGUGGGAUGGGCACGACAAGACGUAUGGGCGGACAACGUACCGACUCGAGGUCGCGCAGGGUGUCGAUAUCGCGCUCCUGGCGGCAAUCGCCAUCUGCCUCGACGAGCAGGAAAAGGCCACCAGGUCGUCUGGGUCAUAUGACGCCGCCAGCGGCGGUGCCACGUCUUCAGGCGGGGGUGCAUUCCGCGACCCUGUGCAUGUCGAUCCGAGUGGUGGAGUUGUUACCGAGGGGAGGUGA